AUGACUAAGGGCUACACGCUCUGCCUAAAUGCGAUAACUUACUACAGUCUCGAUCUCGACGACCUCGCAUUUAGUGAUCUCAUGACCAACACCGCCUGGUAUAGCGAAUGGGAUCGUCUUUGUGACUUGGACUUGAGCCAGCCUACUCCUACUCAACCCUUCAAUACCAGCAUUCCCCUGACCACCGCUAGUCAGACGAGUGCGGCUUCCAGUCAGGCCGCGGCAGGAUCUACCUCUACCAUUGUCUCGGCAUCCAGCACGAAAUCAUCUACCAGCAGCACUACCACUUCCACCACCUCCACUUCUGCAGCUACAUCCACGGCCACCGGUUUGGAUAUUUCCCCGGACGGUACUUGUGGUGGGAUAACCGGGUACACGUGUGAACAGUCCGGCUUUGGUGAUUGUUGUAGCAUUUACGGCGACUGUGGUUCCACCAGCGAUUAUUGUGCUACGUCCAGCUGUGAUGACUCCGCGGGAGUCUGCGCAGGUGCGGAGCGAGCAACAACGACUGGACCUGUUUCAAUUCGGGCUAUGGAGACUGCUGCGACACUUAUGGUUACUGUGGAUCAACCGAUGAUUACUAUGGAGCCAAAUGCGAUUCUAGCUACGGCCCCUGCACCGGAACCACUUCGACCAACGGUCUCUGCGGCACUGAUAAUAGUGGUUAUACUUGCUUCGGCUCCGAGUUUGGGUCUUGUUGCAGCAUCUAUGGAUACUGGUAAGUGA